CAAGGUUCCCAAAAGGCCGAAGCCGCCAGCCCACCGCACACUGCCCCUCCCCUCCUCGCCCAAUCCCCCCUUCUUCGUCCCACGACAGACCAAUUUCUUCCCAAAUCGCCACCGCCACCGCCAUGAUGUCGUCACCGGCAGAUACCGCGCCGUCAUCCUCCUCCGCGGCCGCGGCCGCUCCGAAUCAGCAUCCACAGCCGCCGGCGCAGCAGGCUGAUCCGAAGGAGCGGCGGAUGGAGUCGCUCGGGUGGCUGACGGAGUCCACGGUGAUGCCCAAGAAGCACAAGGCCAUCGAGGGCGUCGGCGCGGCAUCCAUACUCGACCUCAAGGCCCAGCUCUACCGCACUCAGGAGGAAGCCCGCAAUUCCACCGCCGCUGACGCCGCCUCCAGCGAGUUCCGCCGCGCCAAGAAACGCUCGGGCCCCGCCGACCCCCUGGGCGCCAAGAACUCAGGUGUAGACGCUCGUGCCCACAAGGAUAAGCUGGAGCUGAAAGCUGUGAAAGAUGGUACUGCAUGUUAUUCUGCCCUAGAAAAGAAGGCUGAGCUGUAUGAGAAAUUAUCCAGGGGUGAGCUACCUGAUGAAGAAGACCAGGAGAAAUAUUGCGUUGAUUUCUUCCAGAAAAGUUUUCAUCAAGUCAGCGUGCGCCGGCAGCCAGAGACUGCUACUGCCCCUGAGCAUGUAGAACAAGAAAAUGAGAGUGUCGAUUCUAUGCCAAAUCCCAAGCCAAUGGGCCUUGGACGAACUGGUACAACAGUUGACCAAGAUGAGCACAAACGCUUUGUCAGGGAGGUUCACGACGAAGUAAGUCAAGCAAGGCAGAAGGCUUCAACGAUGAAACACCGGCGACAAGAGCAGGAGUCGGCUCGUAGAGAGAAACUCAGGCAAGCUUUCCUCAAGAAGCGCCUUGACAAGUUGAUGGCUGAAAAGCAAGCAUCUUCAGCGAGUGAUGACCAACCAAAUAGCUAAUCGAGAUUUUGUAUGUCUUACACUUGUGCCCAGGAAGCAGUUGUUGUAGUUCAUGUGGUAAUGGUUCAUGCAACUGAAAAUGAGAAAACUUGCCCUGCAUGUGAUCUCUUGAUCUAGCGAAAUCAAAUUCAGAAAAUUGUCUUGGCAUGUACAGUCGGUUCAUCAUCAUAUUGUUAUACAAUUAUGCAACGUAGAUGUAAUUUGAAUCUUCUGACGAGGCAUUUUGACCCUCAA